AUACAUAUGUGCUAUUAAUACGCGUUUUUAUUAAAUAACGGUUAAAUGUAAUGCAGCAGCGGGUUGAAAAUUUUUCUCUGCACACAUACUAAUAAACUUUUUUUUUACAUUUUACUUGCUAAGAGAGUCCUGGCAGCCGACAAUUUGCGUUAAUUCAUUUUAUCAGCGGCAGCGCUAUCAUAUUCGCACAGCCGUUAUCCUGCGUACGUAACAUUGGUGUUUUAACCGUUAAACGGAUUAAACGGCACAAUCAGUUGGCCAUUUGACUUCAUUUGCAGCGGUUACGCGUUAACCACAGGAAGUUAGUUUAAGAAAAAAAUUAAAUUAAUUUAAAUAAAAAUACAUAUUUAUUAGCAAAAAAAAAUCGAGUGCAAAGAAAAUCAAUAAAAGUAAAUUUGACAAGGAAUAAAAAGCAAUGUAUAGCCAUAUGAUUCUUAUAAAAAUCCUUAAAAACUGAAAUACACAAAUUUAAGUGCGGCAAUAAUUGAUAGUGUAACGGUAAAAAUACUUUUCUUAUUCUCUGUGAAACAUUUCAAGAAAAGCUCAAGUAAAAAAACAAUUCACAUUUAAUUAUUAAAGGACGACUGAGCAUACAACAGGCUUGUUGAUACGUUGAAAGUUACAAAAAGUGAAAUUAAUAAAAAAAUAAAAUUUUUGGCGUUUUAGAAAUUAUUAUAAACACAUUUAAGCUGCAAAAUGCAUCACCCGAGCUCCAAGUCAUUUUUAAUACGAGAUCUGCUGGGAGAUUUAAUAAAUCGCCCGCCGCCGGACAGCGAUUCCGAUUUGUCCGAUGAGAACUCAGAAAUCGACAUCGAGGAUCGUUCCUCGCCCGAUUCGGAUAUGCUACACAGUCAUCACUAUGGAACGGCGGCCAAUAGCAGUGCGCAAUUACACUUUAUGGUCAACGAGUCCAGCGUGGAGUCAAAUCAGCAUUCACCAAAUGCCGAUGAGCGCGGCGCUAAUCGCAACCCGAACAGUAACACCAACAGCAAUGCGACAUCAAACACCAAUAAUCAAUUGGAAAUACAAACUGCACACAUGCAAACACACGGCUAUGGUGGAAGUGGUAUUGGCGGCGGUGAUCAUAUGCAUCACAGCAAGCUGGGCUUAAAUUUGAACAAGGGUGGACGCAAGCCACGCCGAAGACGCACUGCCUUCACACACGCGCAACUCGCCUAUCUCGAACGCAAAUUCCGUUGUCAGAAAUAUUUAUCGGUGGCCGAUCGCAGCGAUGUGGCAGAGACGCUCAACUUGUCGGAAACGCAAGUGAAAACUUGGUAUCAGAAUAGACGCACGAAGUGGAAGCGUCAAAAUCAGUUGCGUCUCGAACAGCUGCGCCAUCAGGCGACGUUGGAAAAAGAGUUUGUUAGCGAUGGCACGUCUGGCGCAACGCUGGGCUGCUGCCCGACGGGCUUAUCGACCUUUAGCUCAACGAAUCCGUGCAAUUUUCUUACUUCUGCAGCGGCCGCGGCGAUCUUUCGUAAUGUUGGCUACGUGCACGGCUGCCCGCUGUAAGCCAGCCGACGCAAUUAGUGUUAAUUUACUUUAGCUAAGCGAAUUUUUUGUAUUUUUUUGUUAUUUGCUUUAAUUUUAUUGUAAAUAUGUGUUAUUUACUUUAAGUUGCUGUGCAAUGAAGAUAAAUAUUUAUGCGAAAUUAAUCGUAAAGAAACGGAAAUCAAGAUUACUUUACACAAAAAAGUAUGGUUCGCAUAGAAGUUGAUGUAAUGUGAAAGUAAUAAAAAUCAGUAUAAGAAAAAAUAAAUUUAAUUGCUGUUAUUGAUAGAAUAAAAAUA